CUUCACAGCCCCAGCCUCGAGGAACUAGACAAAAUGGCUGCAGCUCAAGUCUUCUGCCUGGCAAUUGCCCGCCUGAAGCUCUUCACUAACUAUAGCGGCACUUACAAUGUCUCCUAGGCGCGCAAACCCCCCCGACGACCUCCGAAUCGCUCUCGCCCAUGCCUUAGGCUACGACGACUACCCCGGUAAUUUGACCGCCGAACCGUAUCUGAAUUACAUCGCGAACCGUCAUAUCGGCCGCGGGACGCUGGAAGAAUACCUAAGACUCUUUAUUCGCGUCAUAGAACACUUCGCACAGGUCCAGAUCAAGGCGAACGAUCCUUUGAAGACCGACAGCAUACGCAUGCUCCUCGAUGGGCUAGUAUUGUCCGACGGCGAGGAGUUAUUUGCGGAUACGAAAGCAGGGAGCACAAUGAGAAGGGACGAUGUAGAGGAUACAGUGUUGUACAUCAUGGGUGCUUGGGCAAUGAUGCUGAGCUCUUUCGUCCAGCUACCCAACGGCUUUCGAAAGGUGAUCACUGCAUAUAACAUUCGGGCAAGGGAAAAAGAGAAGAAGAGCGAAUUCUACGAUGAGAACUUGACUAGCCUGGUAAGGGGGAGCUGUUUGCUCCCUGCGCCGAGUAACGGACAAGUCUCACAUGGCAUGGAGCCGGGGGACGAAAUCGUUCGCACCGCGAUGAAGCUCGUAGCACUUCUUUCAGACGAUAACGCAACAGUCGCGAACUCAACUCUUCGUCUCGAGGCGACUGCGAAUGUUUCGGAGUGCGCCAAAACUCCCUUGAAAACGAGCAAGAGUCAAAUCUCGUCUCACUCGCUGGACGCCAUGGACUCUCUCGAAUCGCUUUCAAUAAAAGCCACGCGACUCAAUGCCUUCACUCUGAGAGUUUUCGGAGCUGUCCGAAUAGCAUGGACACACAACAUCUCGCGCCAUAUGCUCCUUUCUCGACAUGGCGGACGUCACAUCCUAGAGAUAUUCGCCCUCCCCUGCGCUCUCAAUGCGGCUACCUUGACUUCGAACGCUGUGGGUAUAUCCUUCGAACUCGCGCAAGAGAUUCAAGAGUCGUACUGCAUUCUAUUCAAUGCCUGGCCUGAAAUACCACUGCAUGCGAAACUCGGUCGAUUCCUAGGAAUCCGCAAAAUGUGUUGGUGUUGGUCGUGCUCCGCACACCGUUAUCGGACCAGUGUCAUUACAAAAUAUCGGAAGUCGGUUGGGGCGAAGUCGCAUAAACUGAAGAGGUGCGGCAAUGCCGCGAAGAGGAGCGAGUUCGACCCUUUGGUGGUCGAGCUAAUGAACAACACCGAAUCCUCCGACUGGACGCAAGACCUCUUUCCGUGCCUAUGGUCGCGAAUUACCGCGUUAGAGGAACAUUUGCAAGGGGCAAAGCCUUGGAGCAUAUGGAUCCUGUUUAGAGAUCGGAGGGAUACGUUGCAAUUCUGGACCUUUUUUUUUGCAACUAUAGUAGUGCUCCUCACGUUCCUACAAGUUGCUCUUGGAGUGGCACAGGUUAUAGGCUCUUUCCGAUGACCAGGUCGGCAUACACGGCCAUUCAGCGAUCUACUUUCCGAACUUUCCUAGAUUUGCGAAGCUACACUUGACCUCGCAACGCCUGGGUAGCGCUUCCAUGUACGUUGUAUCGAGCCCCCAACUUCGAGGGCUAGCGCAUCCCUACAAUACACCGCUAGUUUUUUUCUGGGCUAGAUCGAUGUUUCAAAUAUGGGGAUAGAUGGAGACGCGCGUUUACCCUGCCCACAAUCCCCAGCUCG